UUAUCGGUCUCUCGCCCCAGCCGUCGGCGUUGUUUAUUUGGGUGGCGGCGUCAAGGGGAAAGCGGAACUAGCUUUAGCCGACUAGCUCCUGGUCGGCUCCGUGGGGCCACUUUGCUCGGAUCCUGCCGGUCGUCGACGGCCACUUUUUUUCAGCACAAUGCCGCAGACUAUCGAGCUCAGUACCACAGGAGGAGCGUCCAAACUGGACAGCGGCAACAUGGACGACAUGACGGUGGAGCAGAUCGCCGCCCGGGCCAACCAAGUGACGGACGAGUCGCUGGAAAGCACGCGCAGGAUGCUGCAAAUGGCCGAGGAGAGCAAAGAAACUGGCAUUAAAACCAUGGUGGUCUUGGACCAGCAAGGAGAGCAGCUUAAUCGCGUGGAAGACGGCAUGGACCAGAUCAACCAGGACAUGCGGCUGGCCGAGAAGAACCUGACCGACCUCUCCAAGUGCUGCGGACUUUGCAUCUGUCCGUGCAACAGAGUUUCAUCCAUCGAGAACGACUCCCGAUACAAGCGCACGUGGGGAAUCGGAAGCGGACUCGACAGCGAAAGCAACGGCGACGGUUCCAAAGUGGUGUCGAAACAACCCGCGGGCGUUCGGAACGGUCAAGCCGGCCAAGUCAAUGCGCCGCCGCCGUCUGGGCCGUACAUCAAGAGGAUAACCAAUGACGCCCGCGAAGACGAGAUGGAGGACAACCUGAACGCCGUCGGCGGCCUCAUCGGCAACCUGAAAUCGAUGGCGGUGGACAUGGGCACCGAACUCGACAAGCAGAACAAACAGAUCGACCGGAUCACCGACAAGGCGGACAUGAACAAAGUGCGCAUUGACGAAGCAAACCAGAGAGCCACCAAGCUCAUCAACUAAGAAGGCGCUCUCUCCAUCCCCACACACGCAUACACCAGCACAGCCACGCAAGAACACACAAUCGUCUUGAGUAGAAUAGGAGAGAGGACCAGUGAAAGGACGUUUUUUUCGAUAACAAAAAAUAAAUUUCAAAAACAGCUUUCUCCACACACACACACACACACACACACACACACACACACGACAGCCAUGCAAGAACACAAGCUCGCUAUGCAGAGCGCCAAAUGGUUCAUGUUAUACGGGAUCCCUCAAAAGACUUCCAACCGCUUUUAAAAAUGGCCACCUCUCGGCAGCAAAAACCCGUUAGGGAACGCAUUGUUUUGUAGGUGCCGCUCUCGACAUGGCUUCCACCUGCAGACCAGUUUUAAUCCCCCCCCAUCAAUGGUUAUUGUAUGUGUCUAAUUUCAAACCAUGCAUCUAUUUAAUUAUUCCUUCAAGCAGAGCUGUGAAUGAAAUCACCUCCCCGGACCCCUUUUUAAACAUAUUUAAAAUUCAAAAUGUGCUUCCUCCCUGCCGUGUCCCCGAUACGUGGCCCGGCGUCCGAGGGAUCGACAAGUGGACAAAUGGAUUGUCAUGUAAAUAUCCUUGUUAGCGAUUAGCAUGCUAGCAUUCAGGUUUGGUCAUCGGUGCGCGGCCGCUCGCUCCGCAUGUACAUAUGUUCGCUCGGCAGCA